AUGGACUAUGCAUACCGUGUCCUGAAGAAUAUGAAGUAUUUUUAUAACACCAUCAAUCCUGCAACGCUUUCAGGAGCUAUCGAUGUAAUUGUGGUGGAACAACCGGACGGCGAAUACAAAUCUACACCAUUUCACGUUCGAUUUGGGAAAUAUGGUGUUUUUAGCCAUAGCGAUAAGUAUGUCGAUAUCCAAAUCAAUGGCGAAGAAAUUGACUUGAAAAUGAAGCUGGGUGAAAGUGGCGUUGCAUUUUUCGUUGAAGAAACAGAUGGCCAACAGAUUCCAUCCUACAUGCUUACGUCUCCUUUACCUGAACCGGGAGUUACCCAGUUACAAACCACAGACCAGGUUUUAACGGAAAGUGCGAAAAUUCUGGAAGAAAAUAAAGCCGGCACAGAGGAAGACCGAAAACAGAGUUCGGGAAAGGAGCCGGUCGGCCUCGAUACGUCUAGGAGCAUCCAGGAGGGGAAACAGGAACAAUCACUGCAAGAAGUGCAAAAGAGAAAAAGGAACAUGCCUUUCAACUCUUCUGUAUUUAGCAUAAGAAAAAACAGGUCUCUACCAGACCUGCAAUCUAUAGCAGCUCACUCAAGUGGAUAUCAUUCAGAUGUGGAAGGAAAACCACCGAGCUCAACGCCAAGGAAACUACCGACCAAACUCCUUCGACAUUCGAAAUCCCAGGCUUUUGAUAAAAGCUUGAAACGUGAUCGAUCCGUGGAAUCUGUAGCAACAUCUAGCAAAGUUCCGAGCCAGAGGAGAAAAAAGAGUCGAAUUGCUUUCCAGCCGAUCAGUAUUAAAGUAGAGAAUGACUCUGAUUCGGGGGAAUCCUCAGUCUCCUCAAGUCCUAGCCGAUCGCUUCUCGAUCCCCAUGAUGUGGAUCGAAUCGCUGAUGGAGCGCUUUCAGAUUCAGAAGUUGAUCGUCACAGAAACACACCUGAGCCGCACGCAAGCGACGUCACCGACUGGAAAUGGGGUCAGUUACCCGAAACAAGGGAAAAUAAAUUGAAGCAAGAGCAAUCGAAAGCUGCUGACACCUUAAAACCUAAGGGUGAAACAUCAGGAUGGACGUGGUUCCCGUGGGGUCAUCGCUCCUCUCCUGCCCCAGCGGCUCAACCCGCAGAAGAAGGCAUAUCCUUGGAUGAGCUGUUCAGUCCUACAGCAACAUCAGACCCUUCGAAGUUGGAGAAAUAUCUUGGCAAAGCAAGCAGUACAGCGGUUAGCAUCGAUAGCGGACAUGCGUCACGUGGAACAUCACAACCGUCUAGCCCUACAACUCGCUCUGAAGACGCAAACUUUGCAGAUAAGACUCCAACCCAGGAAGCAGCGCCCACCAUUGGAAACCAAGAGAUUCAGCGAACUCGCAAUGCUAGCGAUCAGAGAAGCGCUGUUAGCAGUGAUGAUAUAUUCCCGUUGAGCGAGGACGAGCUGGACGACGUAAAACCUACUCCAGCUGACUCGCGUCCUUCAUACAUGCUCUCUCUUCGGCUAUCAUCCGAGAAGUUGAGGAGUCUUGGCUUGGUCUAUGGAGCCAAUGAAUGCCGAUUUAGUAUCACAACGAAAUUUCAGGGAACCUCGUGGUGCAGCUGCAAUAUUUACUUGUACAAAUGGUACGAAAGAAUUGUGAUCUCCGACAUUGAUGGCACAAUUACCAAGAGCGAUGUGUUGGGCCACGUGAUUCCGGCCAUUGGUGGAACAUGGGCCCAUGCUGGAGUAGCCGAGUUGUAUACAAGAAUUAAAAAUAAUGGAUACAAAAUGGUAUAUCUUUCAUCAAGAGCUAUAGGUCAAAGUCACACCACCAAACAGUAUUUGAGGAGCAUUGCCCAAGAUUCAAAACAACUCCCUGAUGGACCAGUAUUGUUGUCACCAACAAGUGUCUUGAUUGCUUUUAGGAGGGAAGUUAUUGAACGUCGACCUGAGGAGUUCAAGAUAGCUGCGUUGACCGAUUUGAAAAAGCUGUUCCCUGUCAAGCAACCCUUCUUCGCAGGUUUUGGAAAUCGAGAAACGGAUGUCACGUCCUAUCGUGCCGUUGGUAUCAUGCCGGCAAGGAUCCUCAUCAUUGAUCCGUCUGGUCGUGUGCGAAGAUCCGAUUCUGUAGGCUACGUGAGUAGUUAUUCGUCGAUGGCUACGGAAACCGUGGAUUACCUAUUUCCACCAUUAAUGAGAAGCGCUAAAAGUGAAUCUCUUAACGACGUGUCAGUGGAACCUCUUCAGCCAACAUGGACCAAUCCGCUCGAACAUAGCUCGUUUACUCACUGGAAGCCAGAAACCAAUCAGCAAACUCUCACCGACGCCGAUCUCGAAACUUAUGAAACAAAUCGUAAGAAGACGCUCAAUGAAAAGGCGAAAAAGAAGUAG